GUAGGAGCUUCUUUCCUUCUUCUCCUCCGUUAUCUGUAAAGCUGUGUUGACAACUUCCUCAGGAGCUCUGAGGAAAAAAAUAACUGCGUCCUUACCGGCGCUUUGCUACCGUAGCACCUCUACGACAGUGACCGAACAAUGAUACCACCUGGAACCACUAGGGGAACCAAAGUUGUCUGUUGCCUCUAACCCCUAACCCUAAACUUCAGGGGAAAAUCUUGCUCUGCACGGACACACACACUCUGCUCUUUUCACACUGACAGGCCUACCGCUGCAGUUGAAAACACUGUUAUUUAGAUACCACCGAGCCAAACAUGUUGAGAUCUAAUUACAGUGAGGUCAGAAUUCACGGAAAUAAGGACACAGUGCAAACAAACAGCGGCGGCUACGGCUCUCCACCCACAGUCGGGCCCUUCAGGAGGAGCCCGUCCUCGACUCAGGGGGGCGGAUGGUGGCGUCCCUGCCAGGAAGCUAAUCAGCGUCGCAUCCCAGUUUGACGAAUGAAUCAGGACCAGUUGACCAGGGUGGUAGCAGCCCAGCCGUGCCCAGAAGCAGGUGCCCUACCAGGGGUAAUGGAGGAGAUGAAGGAUUAGAGGAUAAUCCAGGAUGGUUCCAUGGUGCAACCGCACAGCCAUUUGCAGCUGGACCUAUUUCGGAGCUGAUGUCGACAAAGCCAAAACCCAAAGCAAGCCAGGCGACCUGACCACACUCCAACCGGCCCCCGCCGGCUCCAGGAACACAACUGCACAGUGUUUUCCUCAAUUUAUGUCUGUUUAAUCCCGCCAGCUAUGCAGAACAACAAUCUACAAAGAGUGGGAAAGAGUUUGGCCUGCACACGUUAAACACAGAUAACAUUUCAGCCAACUGUUUGGCGCGGCCGGCUCCCAGUUUCAACUCUUUCAGCUUUAGCAAUUACAUGGUCUCAAGAUCUUGGAAUAAUCUUUUCAGGUCCGUACUUUGGACUGCGAAACUGUCAGGGACAACUUUGUGGUUCAGUCCAGCCUUUUGGUUGGAUUAAAGGCAGUUGUUUUGGGGUUUAUUAAGCCAUUUACCUCUCGAGAUCAUGAAUCUUCAGGAAAAGCUGUCAGGCCUGAAAGGUCUGGUCUCACACUCCCAGAGCAAGCGGCGCUUUAAGAACGACCUCACGGUGGACAUGAUCAGCCCUCCUCUGGGUGACUUCCGCCACACCAUGCACGUGGGCCGCGGCGGCGACGUGUUCGGGGACACCUCCUUCCUCAGCAACCACGGUGGGUCGGCCAACGGGAGCAGCAGGGAAACGGAUUCUAUCACCAGCCCCGACAACAAGAUCGGAGCGUUCUUCUCCAGGACGCUCCGUCAAAUCAGGAGGGGCUCCGACAACCGGCCCAGAGGAGGGUCCAAGGAUUUGUCACCAGCACCUCCUGCCAUUUCUCCCAUCAUCAAGAACGCCAUCUCCCUCCCAAGGCUGGACGUGGAUCUGUCGAAUGGGAGUCCCACCACCAAAGUGCUCUUCCCCAGUUCUCAAAGCACGCCUGAGGAGAUGAAAAGCUCUUAUGGUCUGGAGUCUGGUUUCGUCACUCUGCCUCGUCUAUCCCGCUCCGAGCGCCAGCAGCCCUCCAUCUCCCUCGCCACUUCCUGCUCCACCAACAUCCACCGAGGCUCUCUGACCGACCCCACCGACGCCAUCUUGUCCACCUGCUCUGCCAGCAGUGGGACCUCCGACCCUAAACCCGCUGCUGCUUCAUCCGACUCCCUCAACUCCCUGGACACCUUCACCUUUGACCUCGGCCCCUCCCUCAUGAGCGAGGUGUUCGGCCUCAUCGACGGCCACCCGGAGGAGCACACCCACGCUUGGGAGGGAGAGGAGGCGGGGUUAGCAUUCUGGCUGACCAGUGAGGGAUCGGAAAUGGACUCGGCCACUAUCUCGUAUGUGGAUUCUCUGCUGAGGGAGGACUGUGGGGGCCGGAAGAGCCCGCAAGCAGCCGGCUGGGAAGAAGAGGAAACUGCGCUAGAUGUGAAUGGGGUCGGGCUUUCUGUCAAAGUGCCUGAUGUGGUGAUGGGGUCUCCUGAACGAGUGAGGUCGGGAAUGGGGAUGGAUGGCGAGCGGUUCCAGAGUGCUACAGAUGUGAUCGCACGCCAUUACAGUUUCAGCCUCUUACAGGGACAGAGCGGAGUCGAGGCCGACGAUUCAGAGAUGACGAUCCACAGCCAGCCCAAUAAGAAGAUGUCUUACAGUUACACGGAUGACGAAGACGAAAUCAAAGUCUGAGCUGAGCUAAUCGGAGAUGUUUAACACACAAAAAAUCUCUUAUCUGACGUAUGAUUCUUCUGUAAUUCUGCUCAAACCAAUCAUCUAAAAACCUGUGAUGGUCAAUGAGGCUGGCUCUGUUGACAGGACGACCAUGAAACCUAUAACCUGAAUUCAGUAUCCUUCAUACAGGAUCAAUUAUUUUUAUACAAUUAUGCUUCAAGGAUGCACAAUUUUGAUACGAACCUGUGACGGAAUGUAUUUAAUGGAGUGAAAACUUAGCACAGAAAGGGAGACUGUCUUUUUCCAAAGGUCGGGACUGAAACCAAAAAAAAGAAGCGUGGAAAGUGAGGAUUUACCAGAGAAUGUGGUCAAGGUUGUGGGCGUCGCAGAGGAAACUCCAUGUCCAAGUUACAACGCCUGUUAUUCACUUUAGGCUUUAUACACACUUCUUCACCCAAGAGGUGGAAAAAUUCUCAGUGCAAGUCUUUGUCUCUAAGGAGAAGACCCGAGAGGAAGUGGUGGCAUUAGAAAAAUAGAUUUAAUCUUACCGCAGCCCCUUUUGCAUCACUACAAUCUCUUGUCAGCGUGUCACUCAGGAAUACAAUGCCAGGAAACAAAAAAGGGAAGAUAACUCAUGAGAGAUCUGGAAUCUCAGGAUCGUCCCUACUAGACAUCAGAGGAACACAAACCUGUCGGUUGUUCAACUGCUCAGACUGAGGGAAUAUGACAAGUUCAUACCGGCAUUUGCUCGAAGCAAUCAAAGCCAAAACCAUAUUAUUGUUAAUUUUAUGCUGCAGACCUUUUAUAUAGAUACUCAGUGCACCUUUUAAUUAAUAUGAAGUCCGACGCCUGUAUUGCUUUUUGUUUUAGAACAAAUGUCAUUUAUAUGUUCUUUUAUACAACUGUACAUUAAGAUAUCAACCGACCUCCUAUAAAUAUGUACUUACAGUAUGAGCACCUGCAGUACAUAGUGCAAUUCACAUCCAUAUGCUGCAGUCAGUACCAAUGAUAUACCAUUUAAUGAUAUAAUUUGACAAUAAAGAUGUUUUUUAAUUAGG